CCUCCACGCAUCUUCCGGUAGAAGGAGGAAGAUCUCUGGAAGAGGAAGCAGUGAGCAGCGGCUUUCUCCUUCCAGAAUGCCAUUUCACUGAGACAUGUUGGUCAUCGCAUACCUGAUCCUCCUGGGGCUCCUGGCUCUGUGGGUCGUGUUGGAGUUUUCUGCUUGCCAUUCCAAAACUUCGAUCACAAGCAGCGCAUUAGGGAACCCGGCCUUCAGAAGCUUUCAGCAUGAUUUUUUCCGAGCUUAUUUUCCAGCUUUGGCAGCGGACUGGUUACAGGGUCCUUAUUUAUAUAAAUUAUACCAUCACUACAGUUUCCUAGAGGGGCAGAUCGCCAUCAUUUAUGUCUGUGGAUUUGGUUCCAGCGUGUUGUCGGGUUUGGUGAGCGGCCCUCUGACAGGACGACUGGGCCGUAGGAAAUCCAUCAUACUUUUCUGCCUUCUGCUAUCCGCAUGCUACCUAUGCAAGCUGUCUCAGGACUACUUUGUGCUUCUGACUAGCCGAGUCCUUGGUGGAUUCUCCAGUGCCCUGCUUUUUUCUUCCUUUGAAUUAUGGUAUGCUCAUGUACAUGUUGAACAUCAUGACUUCCCUGCAGAUUGGCUCCCUCACACCUUCUCACAAGUGUCUGCUUGGAAUGGAGGAAUCUCUAUCUUAGCAGGAGUUACAGCAAAUGCAUGUGCAGAAUGGCUUGGUCUGGGGCCCGCCUCACCCUCUGUGCUUGCAGUGCCCCUAUUGGGCUUGUCCAUUGUUCUGGUGUUCCGAGAGUGGGAUGAGAACCACGGGCAGAGUGUUAGUGUUAUCAGAAGUUGUGGCGAUGGGCUGAGAUGCCUGUUGAGGGACCGCCGAGUUGUCCUUCUAGGUGCCAUUCAGGCAUUAUUUGAGAGUGUGGUUUAUAUCUUUAUUUUCCUGUGGACUCCAGUGCUGGAUCCUCACAACGCACCACUUGGAAUCACCUUUUCUGGCUUUAUGGCAGCCAGCGCAGUUGGAUCAUCGCUCUAUCGUCUGGCUACAUCAAAAAAGUAUCACUUGCAGCCCAUGCAUAUACUUUGCCUGUCUGUACUCAUGGUUUUCUUCUCCCUUUUCAUGCUGACCUUCUCCACAGGCCCAGGACAGGAGAGACCAACGGAGUCCUUUCUUGCUUUCCUUCUCAUUGAACUCGCUUGUGGCCUCUACUUCCCAGCUAUGAGCUUUCUGAGGCGUCGAUUAAUCCCAGACAAAGAACAGAAUGGAGUGUUGAAUUGGUUUCGAGUGCCCCUAAACCUGCUCGCUGGACUGGGGCUUCUUGUGCUUCAUGAUAGUGACUAUCAGAGCGGGACUAGGAACAUGUUCAGCUUGUGCGCCGUCACAAUGCUGCUUGCACUUCUCAGCGUGGUUGGUCUGUUUUCAAUGGUGAGAAAUGACCCUGACCUACGUAUGCCAAGUUCAGAAACUGAACCCAGCGGACCUGAAAUGUGAAAAUGCUUUGAACGACAGCAAAACCAAAGCCAAGAAGCAGGCUAGAACUGUUGAUCAGUGCAAUGGAGGGACAAUUAAACUGAGGGAGAUGUGUUUAGAAUAUUACUUUGCAGACACAGCAGUGAAUUAGCACUGUACAGUUUUUAUCAUUCCAAAUGGAAAACUUUUACGAUCUGUUGUAUGCGUUCUUGACUACCCCCCAAGGGUAUGGGGGGGGGGGAAUUUUUAGGCAUCUGUAAAUGGGAGAUUUGGGAACAGAUGGUUGUUGCUUC